AGUUUGAUGAAGAGGCUAUCCGUAAAAGUUUCCUUGUUGGAAAGGAAAGAAGUUAAAAAAGAUAAAAGUGAAUUGAGAUCUUUUUUGUAAACUUUUUCUAAAAAGAAUCGAACCCAGAUUAUUUUGUUCACAAGUAUGGAACUAGACGGAACUCUGCAACGUUUCCCACAGGCGUUAUUUAAAGAUGCAUCCCCAAGAUCCGGACAGACAAAUUUUAGUCCUUCUGUGACAGCAGCCUUUAAAAGCAAACAAGACGAUUUUUCAAGCAGUGUAACUUCAAAAAUAAUCAUUGUUGGCGAUCUUGGUGUUGGAAAAACCAGUAUGAUCAACAGGUUUUCUCAUAACGUGUUUGAAAAAGACUACAAACCAACAAUUGGAGUUGAAUAUGAAUUGAAGAAGUUUAGCAUUUUAGAUCGACUUGUUAAUCUACAACUAUGGGAUACGUCAGGUGAAGAGAGAUUUAAGUCUAUAACUAAUGCAUAUUACAGAGGGUCGCAUGCUGUUCUUGUGGUAUUUGACACAACAGAAAUCGUAACUUUGCAUCAUACAAGGUCUUGGCUCGACGAUGCCUUACACAAUACCAGAGUAACUGUACCUGAAGUAUUUCUAGUUGGAAGCAAGAUGGACCUCUGUAAAUCAAGCCAGUUGGAGGAGAUUCGUUCUGAAGCUAAAGCAAUGUCAAAAGAAAUGAAUGCUGAGUAUUGGGAAGUGUCUUCAAAAUCCGGAAAGAAUAUCAAGGAGUUAUUUCUUAGAGUGGCUGCCAUCUGCUUUGAUCAAGCCAUGCUAAAAGAGCUGGAGAAGAAAGAGAAGAAAACAGAGCAGCAAAAAAUUGGAGGAGGCUUUCAAACAAUAGAACUGGGAAAAGCGAAUAUUUCAAAAGCCGAAGCUUCGACUUCGAAAAAAGGAUGUUGUAAAUCCUCGUAGUAAAAAAUACAUUUUGUCUCGGCUGAGAAAGGGAAGGUAGCUUAUUUUUCAACUUGUGUCAUCUUUAGGCGUAUUUUUCACUUCUAAUAGAUUUUAGGCCCUCAUUGUAGCUGCAUAUGAAAUUUUUUAGCUUCGUGUUUUUAAUUCUGCUGAAUGAUGCAUAAGUUGAUCUGCAAGAAACAAAAGUGCAAACAUAAGUAUUUUAUUGAUAUUUAAUGAUGAAUAUGCUAUUUCAGGGAUAUUGCUAUAAACAUACAAAAUGUAGAAGAAUGAUCCAAUCGGUGUUUUGUAAAUGUUUGUGUCUUAUGUAAGUAAGAGCUCUUUGGUAAGCCAGAAUGGGAUACACGUUGGAAUUUUGAAUGCUGGUUGCAAUUUGAAAACAUAAUCAAAAGUUGAGGUGAUACCAUGAUUGGCUCAUAAACGUUAAUCUCGUCACUGUUCCUGUAGUUUUGGGGGUAUUCUGAGAGCUUGUUCUUUAUGCUUUCUUAAAAACAACGUGGUCUAAAGGCCCUUUUCCCAGCGGAAUUCUCAGCGGUUCAUUCUCUGAAAUACCUUUAAACUAAAGGACGAUGCUUCUCUUGGGAGUUACACCUUAAUACCAUUCCACAAAAAAGCAAGUGAUUUCAUCCUCAAUGCAAGUUGAUAGCGUUCCAUAGAUCUUCAUAAAUCUACCAGGCCUUAGUCGUUUGUCAGCUAUAAUCCCAGUUUUGCGUUCCUGCCUUCAUACAGCUUGCUACCCACUACAAGGUAAUUCGGUUAUAUGUCUUAAAUCAUAUUCGUUGCAAUUUAACUUGCAUGCCAUUCUCGUCUUGCAUUACCUUAACUCCCAUUUCAACUAUUAUCUUUCGAAUUAGUAAUCUUCUAUGCUGCAUUUCCACUAAAUUAUAGCAGCCUAUAGGCCUAGUUGGGGUGCUAAUGUAUUAAAGUAUCUCUUUACCGCAUUUCUUUACCCAAACCCUAACCUUAUGUAUGGUUUCGUUUGAGUGACCACAUGCCAAGAGGUACGUUAGCGCCCAUGCUGAUAUUUUUUUGAAUUUUACAAUUUAUCGAUUAGACAUAAUAUUUGUUUUAUCUCAGUCGGGCGAUAUUUCCCUAAGCUAUAUUCUAUUUUAUCGACGGAGAUAAUGUAAACAUUCCGAUUUUAUCAAACGUCGGCAAGAUGAUGAUGUAGUUUUCCAUGAUAUUCAAUAUGUUUAUUAAAUUAUAAAGUUGUACUUCAAAUCGCAAGGGUUUUAAAUCGUAAAAGAAUCCGUCGGGCCUGUGGCGGUCAUGUUGCAAGGUGAAUCUGAAAGAUGUUUGUACAACCACGCAAAUAAGUGCAAAUAUUUCUGUGCAAGGAUAUUUUUCAAUAUUCAUUUCCCUACCCAAAAAGGUCUUCCUUUCAACAUGACAGUAACGAGGCCUAUCAAAAGAAUUUUCGCUAGUUUUUUUCUGAGAUUUUUUCUUCGGGAAAACAAAAGGAAGAAUUUUGUCCGUAAAUUAGUAUUUUAGAUGUAAUUUAUUGAUUGUCGAUGAAUUUAUCAAAGGAUAUAUUGUUACUUAUAAUUAAUAUACUGUAGUGUAUAA